CUUGCCACAGCAAUGAGAACCGCGGCACAUUGAAGCAAAUGAUUGGUAUAGCUACGUACGGGAUCAAGGGGAUUGGAUGCAUGUUUUAAAGAAUACAUUUAUUUCUAUAGGAGGGACAAUUAAUAUGACAAUAUUUUUGUUAGGGCGUAUGGGCAGCUUUAUGGGCUCCCGAGUGGCGGCCAUGAUUGGGAGUCCCAUAGGGUGGCACAAUUGACCCAGCGUCGUCCGGGAAUCUCCAACCAAACUCAGAGACCAGUCUCUCCAGUAACCAGUCAUCUGUCCAUGAAGAGUGACUUCUCUAUGGACCAUCCUGUUAAUUUGAGUGAUGGAUCAGGAACCUUUGACCCCAGAGGUGUCAAAAGGACUCAGAGACCAGUCUCUCCAGUAACCAGUCAUCUGUCCAUGAAGAGUGACUUCUCUAUGGACCAUCCUGUUAAUUUGAGGGAUGGAACAGGAACCUUUGACCCCAGAAUCUCCAACCAAACUCAGAGACCAGUCUCUCCAGUAACCAGUCAUCUGUCCAUGAAGAGUGACUUCUCUAUGGACCAUCCUGUUAAUUUGAGUGAUGGAACAGGUACCUUUGACCCCAGAGGUGUCAAAAGGACUCCGAGACCAGUCUCUCCAGUAACCAGUCAUCUGUCCAUGAAGAGUGACUUCUCUAUGGACCAUCCUGUUAAUUUGAGGGAUGGAACAGGAACCUUUGAUCCCAGAAUCUCCAACCAAACUCAGAGACCAGUCUCUCCAGUAACCAGUCAUCUGUCCAUGAAGAGUGACUUCUCUAUGGACCAUCCUGUUAAUUUGAGGGAUGGAACAGGAACCUUUGACCCCAGAGGUGUCAAAAGGACUCCGAGACCAGUCUCUCCAGUAACCAGUCAUCUGUCCAUGAAGAGUGACUUCUCUAUGGACCAUCCUGUUAAUUUGAGGGAUGGAACAGGAACCUUUGACCCCAGAAUCUCCAACCAAACUCAGAGACCAGUCUCUCCAGUAACCAGUCAUCUGUCCAUGAAGAGUGACUUCUCUAUGGACCAUCCUGUUAAUUUGAGUGAUGGAACAGGUACCUUUGACCCCAGAGGUGUCAAAAGGACUCCGAGACCAGUCUCUCCAGUAACCAGUCAUCUGUCCAUGAAGAGUGACUUCUCUAUGGACCAUCCUGUUAAUUUGAGGGAUGGAACAGGAACCUUUGAUCCCAGAAUCUCCAACCAAACUCAGAGACCAGUCUCUCCAGUAACCAGUCAUCUGUCCAUGAAGAGUGACUUCUCUAUGGACCAUCCUGUUAAUUUGAGGGAUGGAACAGGAACCUUUGACCCCAGAGGUGUCAAAAGGACUCCGAGACCAGUCUCUCCAGUAACCAGUCAUCUGUCCAUGAAGAGUGACUUCUCUAUGGACCAUCCUGUUAAUUUGAGUGAUGGAACAGGAACCUUUGACCCCAGUGGAUGGUCUACUCUGUUAGAGGAUCAGUCCAGGUGUGCAGUGUGUCAGCAGGUGCUGAGGGAUCCAGUCUCUAUCACCUGUGGACACAGGUUCUGCAGACAGCGCAUCACCAGAUACUGGGAGAAUCCUGCUCCUUCAGGAGACUAUGACUGUCCUCAGAGUAGAAAGAGAUCCAGAACACUUCCUGUACGACAGCACCUGAGUGAACCCAAGGAUGCAAGAGGCUCUGAAAAUAUGGAUGACAGCCUGCAGAGAGCCAUAGUAAACCACAAAGACAGUCUGAAAAGGAGGUAUGAAUGUGUGAUAGAAGGCAUUGAAAAAGCAGGGAAUCAAACCCCCCUCAACAGGAUUUACACAGAGCUCUACAUCACAGAAGGAGAGAGUGAAGGGUUUAACAAUGAACAUGAGGUGUGGCAACUAGAGACAGCAUCCAGGACACCAACCUCACAUGACACAGCAAUCCACUGCAAUGACAUCUUUAAACUCUUACCUGGCCAAGAGAGAAGCAUCAGAACUGUGCUGAUGAAGGGCAUCGCUGGCAUCGGAAAAACUGUCUCUGUGCAGAAGUUCAUCCUAGACUGGGCUGAAGGGAAGGCAAACAAAGAUGUGCAUAUCAUAUUUGUGCUUCCUUUCCGGGAGCUGAACUUGAUCAAAGAUCUCCAGUACAGUCUUCUCAGACUUUUAAAUGACUUCCACACAGAACUAGACAUAGGCAAUGCAAAGAAACUCACUGCCUGUAAAGCCAUGUUCAUCUUGGAUGGUUUGGAUGAAAGCAGAUUGCCAUUGGAUUUCCAACACAAUGAAAAGGUGUCUGAUGUCACACAGACAUCAUCUGUUGAUGUUCUGCUGACAAAUCUCAUCAAGGGAAAUCUGCUUCCCUCUGCUCUCCUUUGGAUAACUACUCGACCUGCAGCAGCCAAUCAGAUCCCUUCAGGGUGUGUUGACCAGGUGACAGAGGUACGAGGGUUCAACGACCCACAGAAGGAGGAGUAUUUCAGGAAGAGAUUCAGUGAUGAGGACCUGGCCAGCAGAAUCAUCUCACACAUAAAGACAUCAAGGAGCCUCCACAUCAUGUGCCACAUUCCAGUGUUCUGUUGGAUUUCUGCAACAGUCCUUGAACACAUGUUGAGGACCGACAAGAGGAGAGAGAUGCCCACGACUCUGACUGAGAUGUCCAUACACUUCGUGCUCAUUCAGACCAGCCUGAAGAACCAGAAGUAUCAUGGAAGAGAUGAGAUGGAUCAAGAGGAGCUCAUGGAGUCAGAUAAGGAAAUUCUUCUAAAGCUGGGUAAGCUGGCGUUUGAGAAUCUGGAGAAGGGUAAUCUCAUGUUCUAUGAAGAAGACCUGAAAGAGUGUGGCAUUGAUGUCAAAGAAGCCUCAGUGUACUCAGGAUUGUGCACACAAAUCUUUACAGAAGAGUCUGUGUUUUUUCAGAGAGUAGUGUACUGCUUUGUUCAUCUGAGCAUUCAGGAGUUUCUCUCAGCUGUCUACAUUUACAAUAUUUACACAACCAAGAACAUGGAUGCACUGAAGCCCUUCCUCAAGGGAAAGUCUAGAGCCGCGUCUGAAGAGCUAACCUUGCAUGAGCUGUUGAAGAGUACCGUGGAUAAAGCCUUGGAGAGCAAGAAUGGACACCUGGACCUUUUUGUCCGCUUCCUUCAUGGCAUGUCACUGGAGUCCAAUCAGAAACUCCUACGAGGUCUGGUGACACAGACAGAAAGCAGUCCGGAGAGCAUCCAGAAAACGAUCCGAUCCCUUAAGGUGAUGCAGAGGAAGAACGUCUCCCCUGAGAGGUGUAUCAAUCUCUUCCACUGUCUGAUAGAGAUGAAAGACCAUUCAGUACAGGAGGAAAUCCAAGAGUACUUGAGGUCAGAGAACAGAUCCAAAAACCUCACACUUGCUCAGUGUUCAGCGCUGGCCUACAUGCUGCAGAUAUCAGAGGAGGUUCUGGAUGUGUUUGACCCAAAGGAAUACAAGACAUCAGAGGAGGGUCGUAGGAGACUGCUCCCGGCUGUGAGGCACUGCAGGAAAGCUCUGCUCGCUGGCUGUAAACUCACAGACACGUCCUGUGAAGUGUUGGCCUCAGUUCUCAGCUCAAACCCCUCACACCUGAGAGAGCUGGAUCUGAGUAACAAUGACCUGAAGGAUUCAGGAGUGAAGCUUCUCUCUGAUGGACUGGGGAAUCCCCACUGUAAGCUGGAGACUCUGAGGCUGUCAGGCUGUCUAGUCACAGAGAAAGGCUGUGCUUCUCUGGUCUCAGCUCUGAGGUCAAACCCCUCACACCUGAGAGAACUGGACCUGUGCUACAAUCACCCAGGAGACUCAGGAGUCAGACUGCUCUCUGCUGGACUGGAGGAUCUACACUGCAGACUGGAGAAACUCAGUGUGGAACAUGUUGGAGAGUACACAAUGAAACCUGGGCUUAGAAAAUAUGUCUGUGAUCUCACACUGGACCUAAACACAGUAAACCGACUCCUCUCUCUGUCUGAGGAGAACAGAAAGGUGACAUUUACGAGAGAAGAGCAGCCAUAUCCUGAUCACCCAGAGAGAUUUGAGGACUGGCCACAGGUGCUGUGUAGAGAGGGUCUGACUGGGCGCUGUUACUGGGAAGUAGGGUGGAGUGGGAGAGGGGCUGUUAUGGGUGUGACAUAUAAAGGACUCAGCAGGAGAAGGGGUAAGGACUGUAGGCUUGAAUACAGUGACAAGUCCUGGUGUCUGUUCUGCUCUAAUAACAGAUACACUGUCUGGUACAAUAAUAACCCCUCUACCAUAGCCGUCCUCUCCUCCGGCUCACACAGAGUAGGAGUGUAUCUGGACUGGCCAGCCGGCACUCUGUCCUUCUACAGAGUCUCCUCUGACACACUGACCCACCUGUACACAUUCUACACCACAUUCACUGAGCCCCUCUAUCCAGGGUUUAGUGUUCAGUAUGUUGACUCCUCACUGUCCCUGUAAAUAAUAACCAUUGUAACACACACUGGACACACACACACACACAUAGGACACACACACUGGACACACAAACACAUCAGUCACUGGCUUUAUCAAUAAGGGCAUUGAGGAUGUCGUCCCCACCCGCUCUGUUGCUCGUCUUAUGUGGCAGGGCUUGAAAACUAUUACGGACUACAAAGGGAAGCACAGCUGAGAGCUGCCCAGUGACACGAGCCUACCAGAUGAGCUAAAUAACUUCUAUGCUCGCUUCGAGGCAAGUAACACUGAAACAUUCAUGAGAGCAUCAGCUGUUCCGGACAACUGUGUGAUCACGCUCUCCUCAGCCUAUACAUUACCAAACAAAUUCUUUAAUCCCAACCCUCAGCCACUCUCAGCCCAUCCCAGCUAUCAUGACAGACCACCCUUGUUUGGUUUCCAUGUGCCCUAUAUCUUUCAACUGUGCUGUGAUGUUUUACAAAAAUGUUGUAUCUUUCUGUUGAUGGAAUUUAUAUGUUUAAAUGAGUGAUUAGAAUAUUCCACCCUGAAACCAUAUAAUUGUAUGAAAUUGAUUAGAAUCAUAAAAUUAUAAUUAAUGAUCUGUGUAGUUUGUCAUUAAAAUUAUAAUAAAUGAUGUGUGUAGUUUUAGUCAGUAAAAUUAUAAUAAAUGAUGUGUGUAGUUUUAGUCAGUAAAAUUAUAAUUAAUGAUGUGUGUAGUUUUAGUCAGAAUUAGGGUAAAACAGUAUCUUAAACACAGACUGUCUGAGCAAGAUUCGGUGCCGACCUUGGCUAGGGGCCACAGAGAUUUGGGAGAGGGCAGGGAGUACUUCUCACGGUCCCUAAUAUUUGUCGGCUGGGUAUUGAUACAGUAUGUGGGUAGGAUACCUACUGUUCGUGUGUAUGUAUGUGCGCCGCUAUAAAAUGGAUGUCUUUGUAUAAUGGACUUCAGAACGUUCUCGUGAAUAAACUGUACUAACCUUUUGCAUAA